CACCCAGAGUAAGACACUAACUUCCAGUCUCUCGACCCCUGUCCCAGACCCAUCCCCCAUAAUGUCCCAGAAAACAUUUCAGACCUUUCUGAGACCAGGGACCCCAGCUGCUGCCCCCCACCCCUCCCUUUCUCGGUAUUAUCUCCCCAGUCUCCCCAAAUCCACACAGACUCUUGUCAUUUCCCUCCACUUCCUUCUUCACUCCAUCCACCCAAACUCCCUAGAUUAACUCUAGGGAUUAACUUUCCUUUUCCCUGCUUCCCAAUUCCGUCGGCCUCUUCCUGACCCACUGGGCUUCAAACUGCAUCCGCCCCACCCUCGACUCAUCUUCCUAGCCUCCCUCCCCUCAACAGGGUCCUGCAGAGUGUCUGGGCAUACUGCCAGUGAGACUUUGGGGGCUCUGGGUAAGCUUCUGCGCUCACCCUUCUCUCGGGAACCCCGAGAGGCCUGGGAGAUGUUCCUAGACUUUCAGUAAGGAGAAUGUUUUUCUUCUCCCCUCUUCAACUUUCCUCCCCUCUUGACUGAGAAUCCUGUCUGGUGACAACCGGGAAAGAAACUGUUUCUCACUGAAGAACUAAUUCUCCAGAGGAAUCUGAUGGAGGCCAGCUCGAAGCCUGGCCUGCUGGUUAAUUCAUACCGACUCCCUUAGCCAGCUGCCUUUCCCACCCUCUUUACCCUGAAGGGCUGGCAGGGUGGACGGAGGGCCAGUAGCAUGUGUGUGUUGGGGGAAGGGGGGAAAGACCACGAAAGUGAGAGCGCAAUGAAAGUUGUCAGCUGGCAUGUUUUUAAAUCCACGGAAGAGUUUCACCACCUCUUUCCAAAACAUCAGAACGUCUAAGGAAAAAAACGGAAUUGAUUUCAAGAUUCGCACUGUGGAAAUAGAGGGGAAGAGAAUCAAGCUGCAAGUCUGGGACACAGCUGGCCAAGAACGGUUCAAGACCAUAACUACUGCCUAUUACCGCGGAGCCAUGGGCAUUAUCCUAGUAUAUGACAUCACAGAUGAGAAAUCCUUCGAGAACAUUCAGAACUGGAUGAAAAGCAUCAAAGAGAAUGCCUCUGCUGGAGUGGAGCGCCUCCUGCUGGGGAACAAGUGUGACAUGGAGGCCAAGAGGAAGGUGCAGAAAGAGAGGGCUGACAAGUUGGCUCAAGAGUACGGAAUCCGAUUUUUUGAGACAAGUGCCAAAUCCAGUAUGAAUGUGGAUGAGGCUUUCAGUUCCCUGGCCCGUGACAUCUUGCUCAAGUCAGGAGGCAGGAGAUCGGGAAACAACAGCAAGUCCUCAAGCACUGACCUGAAAACGUCUGUCAAGAAGGACAGCAACAAGUGCUCCCUGGGCUGAGGGACAUUUCUUGCCUCAUCCUGAACCUGGAAGCUAGACCUGAGGGAGGUGGGCUUGAGGGGCCGUGGAAGGGAGGAACUGUGGCAGGACCUAGAGGGGCAGAUGCAUGGGUGAUGAAGAGAGUGGGAGGAAGGGAAGGAAGAAAGGAAUAGGGAAAAGGAGGAUGAAGGAAUCAAAGACAUGGAAGGUGAAAAGGGUUUGCGAAGAAGAAAGGAAGCAGAAAGGAUCUCAGGUCUUAGACUGUCCUCGGACUUAAGUAUUAAUGUAAAUAUGUUGAUUUCUGUGUCACUGGUUCAGGUUUAGGGUCCUGAGAGCCUGGCUCAGCACUCCUCUGAAGGUUCCUCACCCUUCAUGGUCUUUGUUUGUAUUAAAGACCCCUGUUUGGUA